AUGAUUCAAGACUCUGCUGAAUGGAACAUUCCCGUCCUCAACUCUAUCUUUGAUCCCCAUACUGUCAAUGCCAUAACCAUUAUCCACAUUAACGGUACAGGUAAGGAUUCUCCUAAAUGGAAUCCCAAUAUCUCUGGUGCAUUCAACACCAAAAGUCUCUAUUAUUCUAUCAAGAGAUUUGACCAUAAUUGGCCUAGUAUAUGGGAAAACAUAUGGAGUAUGCAUGCUUCCCCUAGAGUUAAAUUGUUUGCUUUCAAAUGCCUACAAAAUAUGAUUCCUAUCAAUAGUAGACUUGUUCAGUUCAUGGAUAUUUCUAACUCUUGUUCUGUUUUCUCCCAGCACAAUGAAUCCCUAGAACAUAUAUUCUUUUCCUUCCCGUUUGCUAGGAGUGUGUGGUUUGCUUCUGACAGCAACCCCUUUCCACCAAACUUAUUUACAUUUUCUGUGAAGGUUUGGAUUCUCCAUUGGCAUACUAACCCUGCAGGUUGGGACAGCUCUCAAGGACAAUGGAGUGCUAAAUGUGCCACUAUCAUCUGGUACAUUUGGAAGGCCAGAUGUGACAAAGUGUUUAGAGGCUUUAACCCAAGUUCGAAAGAUGUUUGCACGAGAGCCGAAAUGGACUGGAAAGCUCAUGCUAGCCUGGAGUGCCCUCUAGACAACGCUAGUUCCGUAAAUGCUCAUAAACCAGAGCCCACUUGGAAAAGCCCUCCUCCGAGAAUUAAGAAAAUUAACUUUGCUGGGACUUUUGACAAUCAUAGACAGGUUGGAAGCAUAGCCUUAAUAUUGAUAAAUUCUAUUAGUUGGUGCAGGGAAGUGAAGAAGCUGGAAUGCAGGGCGCAAAGUCUGGAUGAGGUGGAGGUGCAGGCGGCUUUGGAAGCAACAACAUGGUCAUAUCAGUUGGAUACCACAGUCGUUCAAAUUGAAGGAAGCUGCAUCAAUAUUAUCAAAGCUAUUAACGGAGAGGACUACCAUAUAGAUUGGAAAGCUAGAUCCAGAAUUAGGGACAUUCAUGAAAAACUUGUCACUUGUAGUUUGAAUGUGGAAGAAAAAAAUUUAAUCUUUUUGUGUUGUGGAAAAAGACAAACCAGGCUGUUGUUGCAUUGGCUUCAAGGAUCAAUUCAAAUGCAACCUGUAAUACUGCUUCCCCCACCUAGUUUGUUGUUCGAUGCUUUAAAUUCGGAUAGGCUGAGUUGCCAUGUUCCUCAAGGCACUCAGACAUCUCAACUCUUGUAA